UUGAUCUCUCCUCUCGAUCGAGAGCACUGAGAGAUCGAUCCUCGCGCGUGAGGACGACAGCUGUCAAAAGUGUCAAGUCGGAAGCAAAGGGGAACAAGAUAUGGUGUACGGAGGAGGAUUCGACAUGGUCGAGACGAUGCCGCAGACGGUGCCCACCGCGGCCGGUUACUCGCCGUCGUUCGACUACAGCACUUUUCAGUUCGAUUUGUCCCUCCUGCCGGACGAUUACAGCCCGACCGGCGGCCAAGUCUGCCUGAAGAGCUUGCAGAUCAAGCAGGAGGCACGCUCGCCGCGCCCGGGAUCGCCCACGACCUACCAGAGCCCGCCGUAUCCGAACGGCGAGUUGCCGUUGUCGCCCAACUACUCGCACGAGGGAUCCUCGCCGGGGUACCCGACGAGCCCCUACUACGUACCCAGGAGCCCUCAGAGCGCCCAGUUUUACCCCACCAGCCCGGAACCGUCAACCAAGCAACCGAUCAAGAGGGAGAAGAGUCUCGAUCUUUUGGCAAUCCUUCAGGAAUCCAGACUCUUAGCCGAGAGUCUGGGUUACCGCGAGGACUCAACCGACUGCACGGUGCCCUGUACUCCGCCUCGAAGCGAGGAGGAUAUCUAUAAUAGUCUCGACGCCGACUUCCUGCCGAAGAAGGAGGACACCGGCGUGCAGGGGCACCCGUUGCUCAAAGAGAUCCUCUUCAAGGAGGAGCCUCGAUCCGUCUCUAGUAACAACGGUUCGUCGCCGUCCCCUUCCUCAUCUUCGCCCAGUCCCUCGAGCGAGUUUGAGAGUAGUUCAGCGUUGCACGAGCUCCUCUUUAAGGGCGUCACCCUUCGCAAAGACGUGGCGGAGAUUUCCAAGACGAGCCAGCCUAAGGUGGAACGAGGCUCGCGAGAGGAGCUGGCGAAUCCUCUGCGAAAGGAGGAGGAACUCUUCAAGGACGGCCAGAAGAGCGAUCACCAGCUAUUGCGGGAAGUGCUGAGGGACACUAGUUUCCAGAGGAAGUACAAUCUAAGACCCGUCGAUCUCGGCGGCGUCGGCACCGGCUUUGUCGAGGACAUGGAGGCUGGCGAAUGCGUCGGCGAUCUCGCCCGCGAGCAGCUCGAGCCGGUCCUCAGUCUGGCCAUCCAGCAACUGCAGAAGGACUUUGACAACACCUGCGUAGCGCUCGGUAUUCACCCAGAGCCCAGACGCUGGAGCGCGGCGGAUGUGGCAGCCUGGGUGCAGUGGGCCAGGCGGCAACUGCAAUUGCCCUCGGUGCCAAUGGAGAGCUUCAACGUGGACGGCGCAACCCUGGCCUCCCUCACAGAGGAGGAAUUCUGCCAGAGAGCACCCCAGUGCGGAAGCAUGCUGCACGCGCAAUUGGAGAUCUGGAAGGCCGCCGUCGAGGAGUCGCCGCGGAACACUCUGGCCGCUUCCUGGAGUCCCACGGGAGUAGUUCAGUCUCCGAACAGCGCCGUGACUCCGACAGUCGGAAACGCAACGGCAGUUAGCCUCAAGGAAUCUCCCUGCGCCAUUGAUUUCUCAGAUGACGAGGACGAGGAUUGCGCUUCCGCUCAGAGCGGCGGUAACGGUGGCAAUGGCGGCGGCAAGAUGCGCAACGGUGGCAGCCACAUCCACCUCUGGCAGUUCCUGAAGGAGCUGCUGCAGAGCCCGAGCGUUCACGGCUCCUGCAUACGCUGGCUCGAUCGCAACAAAGGGGUCUUCAAGAUCGAGGACUCGGUGCGCGUGGCGCGGCUCUGGGGUAAGCGGAAGAAUCGGCCCGCGAUGAAUUAUGACAAGCUCAGCCGCAGCAUCCGGCAGUACUACAAGAAGGGCAUCAUGAAGAAGACGGAGCGCAGCCAGAGACUGGUUUACCAGUUCUGCCAUCCUUAUUGUCUAUAAGGGAUAUUGCUUCGUUUCUCCUUCCGCCUUCCCUCUUCUCCCCCCUCCCUCCCCUCUGUCUUCUCAAUCUCUUCCUUUGUGCGAGUACAGGCGCCCGCGAUCUGGAGCGAGUGACUUCGCGAAGAAGAGCCCGGCGCAAAGAUCAAAAGGUAAAAGAAAGAAAAAAAGAAAUAAUGAUCCGCCAUGCUCGAUAUUAUCCCGCGAUGAUAACGUCGAGCCACGGUUGGGUCCGCUUAGUACGCCCGUUUUGGGCGAUCACUUUCGCCUUAUGAUUUAUUCCCCUCUUUUCCCACUCCCUUUCACUUUCCCUCUCUGUCUCCUACGCGUGUGUAUGUGCGUGUGUCUUUGAGUUUUCUUUUUCUUUUUUUUUCUCUUAAACAAUAAUAUAUAUUAAGCACGCGAUUCUCCACCGGGUCGGUCUUUCGUUUCGACGAGACUCUCGUCGCGAGGCGAAGACGCGAGCGGGUGGAAAUUCGCCAAGAGAAAAGGGAAGAAAUGACUCUUUCCUCUCUAUUCUCACGAUCGCUUGUCGGCACCUGUUCGUCGGAUCCUCGAGCUGUCUGAUAACACAUACGCGAUACGUCGACACCACACUCAGCGCGCGGAACUAUUCGCCGCUG